CAACCGAGCUUAUAAGGCGUAUGCAAACUUCCCCAUAAAGGCAUUAUCAAUUUCUAAUUAAUCUAAAAUUAUUUAGCCCGAUCAAUGAAAGUUGUUUUAUAUACAUAUAGCGGCCCCCAAAAGUGGCCAGGCCCAUUGAACCGAGCAACUGAGAGGCCACUCAAGUAACGUCUUGCGGAUGGAGAAUACUCUCCUUCAUUCGAUAUCAAUCAGCUUCCGAAUAACGUGAUCAUGUUUAUUCCCUACGUGUGCAUGCCGUGGAUAUUGCACUUUCGUAAAAGCCGUCAACUUCGUAGGCUGCAGGUCGUCCGUUAUGGAGCGGAGAGAGACCUUCUCAGCACGUCAGGAAACGUGAGUCCGGAUAGAUAGGCGUGCGGUGACGAAUGUUGACCAACGAAGUUGACCGGAACGUUCCAGCCAUAUUACUGCAGAAGCUUUGGAAAUGGCCUUUUCCCGCUGAAAAUCUUAUGCUUUCCAUACAUUCUGCACGGCGAUACCUCACUUGUUAAGCACGUGAAGGGCUUGUCGCCAAAUAGGCUUAGGCAUGAUUUCAAUCUCGACAUCUACCCGGUUCGCGUUUCACUUAAUCUAAAAAUAUUUUUUAGUUUUUAUUGUUCUCUAUUUCUCAUCCAAUAUUAUUACACUAUUUUAUCUAACCAUAUAACUAAGAAACGUCCGAAUUACCUAAUGAAUUUCAUAUUAGUGGAUAUGCCUAUCGUAAGUUUGAUUGUGAAAGCCUGGCGGCCUACAAUAUGGCGCCCUAUCCAGAACAAUGUAACUCACUUACCUAGCUUUAUCGUAGCGCUCAACGAAAUAUAAUACAUCAUCGUAGAUUUUAUGCCCCGAAUGGAGCGUUUACCUUCCAAAAAAAAAACUAGUGUCUUUGUGUCUGUAUUUUAGUACACUCACGUUUCCUUUUUUUAAGAUUAAAAUGCGUUCAAAAUAUUUUGUUUCGGCGAAGCCAGUUAAGUAGAAGGUAGUAGACGUAAGUGUGUGUACCGUCGCUAAAGCAGAUUAUAAAAUGUUCCGGUAUUUACUGUUUCGAUGCGGCCCUACUGUGAAGCGUUCCAUCAAAUGGUUUGCAUACAGUUCCGAACUAAGGCCAGCUUACGUGUCCGAACAAAACGUAACUAUCAUCGAUCUAAAAUUAUAAAAGAUGCCUCACAUACGCAGACGAUCGAAGCGACCUUCGAUAGCGCAAGUUACUUCCGUUCCUGAAGCGGAAGAACUACUCGUUCAGGAUGAGGAUAAAAUUCACGUUCCUCGAGCCACCAAAGACCCCUGGUGGAUCAGCGCACUCGAGGUGGCGUGUGUCAUUCUUCUGAUGUUCAUGCUCUGGUUUUGUUGGCGGCACGAGGACCUCGUCCAUUUGCAUACUGCAAAAGUGUACGCCCAUUUGGGUCACGCCUCGGCCCAGCACGUUCUAGCUCAUCGAUAUCUCAAUGGAUCAGGCGAGUUAACUAGAGCAGGCGUAGAGAAGGACCACGCGGAGGCCAUGAGAUGGUUCCGGAAGUCUGCUGAUCAAGGCCACGCCCAUUCCGCGUACAACCUAGCUGUUGGUCAUAUGCAGGGCCUGGAAACGGAUGUUCAGAAAGGGGAGGCUAAAAAAUUGAUCAAGCAUGCAAUGAAUCAUGGCGUCCAUGAGGCGCAUCACAUCUACCAUACCGUUUGUAUAACAGGACAGAAAUGCGAUCAUUGAACCGUGUCCCCUGUAUUGUGUGUGGAGCACUACGACGAAGGCGGCUUAUUCUUCCUAAUAUCAUUCUACUCAUGAAGUAAAGAUUGCAUCAAUAAAGUCGAUCGAAGCCUUUCUCUACGAAGCUAAUAUUGAAGAUCAUAAGCGAAACUUAAUUUUUUUUUAUAUUGCAAACAUCAUUACUAUGUACAAAUAGAACUUUUGACAUGUUAAAUUAGUCGAUUUAGGCUGGCAAGCAUUUCGUUACUAAUCAGCGCAAGGCUUUAAUAAUGAUCUUCAUUAACAAAGUUACACGCAGGCCAACCGUUUCCAGUAGCUCAUAUAUGGAUCUCGAUCCGAUGUGAAGGAUUCAUCGGACGGGUUCAGUUUGGGAGUACAUACAUGCUAUUAGUAUAAUGGUUCUAUUUGUAGCGAAAUACAUAGGCGGAAUGUGGUUUUCGCAAGCCUGCCUUAGGUGCUGGCCUCUUACUCUGUGUCCAGAAAUGCAGUGUCCUAGUUAUUAAGAGUAUGCAACUGCAUAAUGAUACCAGGGUCUGAGUUUUGCUUUUUCCUGGAAACGCUUCUUAGAUGAUUAAGACUGAACCAUAACGAGGUAAAACUCAUAUUCAGCCAUCAUAACCGUAGUAGAAGUAGCGUAACAGUAGAUUCAACACCUAUACAUAACAGGUAUAA